UGACUUGAAUAAACACAAACGCAUUCAUACAGGUGAGAAGCUAUAUCAUUGUACCAUCUGUGGUAAAUCAUUUUCUGACAAUAAUCACUUGACUAGGCACAGACGUAUUCAUACUGGGGAGAAACCACAUGAGUGUGACAUCUGUGGUAAAUUAUUUUCUGAAUCUGAUCAAAUGAAAUCACACAAACGUAUUCAUACAGAAAAACCACAUCAGUGUGAUAUCUGUGGUAAAUCAUUCUCUGAAAUUAGAACCUUAACUAAACACAGGCAUGUUCAUACAGGAGAGAGACCACAUCACUGUGAUAUUUAUUGUAACUCAUUCUCUGAAAGGGGUGACUUAAUUAGUCACAAACAUAUUCAUACAGAUAUUGGAGAGUCUGAGAGGAUUAUCGCUGGGAUUUAUCCAGAAUGGUUUUCAAUAUCACGACAUGUUGAUGUGAAAGAAAUGCCUUCAUUCAAAUGUGCAUUUGAUAUUUUUACCAACUAA